AUGGAGCCAUUAACAAAAGAGGAUUUAUCUGAUGUCCCUGAGGAAGAGGAAAUAACAAAAGAAGACUUAUCUGAUGUCUCUGAGGAAGAGGAAACAUUAUCAAAACCAAACGUUGUUACAGGAAAAGACUUUGCCAAACUGGUUAAAAAGGCUGGCAAACUUGGCGCCGUUUCCCUUGAUUAUUCACCCCGAAAAAAUAAUAAACACGUAGCGACUCUCAAGGAUCGAAUAUCCAUUACAAUGAAGAACGAAAGGAGAAAUAUCUUGUGAGAGCCAAGAAAAUUACAAACAAACAGAAGGAAUUAACUUGGAAGAAUCCAGAGUCGGCUAAUUAUUGGAGCACGCAUCUUUUGUGGUUUUAAAGACGUAGGGGUAAAAUAAAAAUUGAUUAUUUAAAGACUAUUUAGAAAUAAAAAAAUAAAAUGAAUCCAAAUUCUAGUGAAACAAAUCAACUAAUUAUUAAAUCACUUAAAAGUUAGCUUUCAAUGUACAUCCUAUAUCAGAUAGGUUACGUAAACCAAUUAGUUUUAGUGAAGAUUCGUAUAGUAAAUUAUUUCUUGAUUUGUCUUGGAACUUUAAAAGUUUAAGUAAUAAAUUAUUUAAUAUCUGUAGGUGCUAUUUGGAAGAAGAAUACGGCGCUGAUAUGGCCUCACAUCUUCCUGAUAUCUUUUACUACAAACAGAUUGAAUACACAGAUAUCAUUUUGUUUUAAUAUUUCUAUAAAUCAUCAUCAACGUAGCCGGGGAGGUUCACAUGGAGUGACGUAACAAAGUCUUGUACCAAUCAAUUCCGUUAAAAUGCACCUGUCUCCUAAGUGAAUCAGUUACAUUAAUCCUUAUUUCAGAAAUAUUAUUUGAUGAGACAGGAGAAUAUUAUAAGAUCUUCUCGGUUCAAAAGUAAAUGGGUAAGAUCUAGUAAGAUAAUCUGUUGGCAUGACAGCAAUAGUAUCAGUAUUUAUUCCAUCAACAAUACUAUUUUUUAUAGCGCUUGUGUUAAUGUUUAAAACAUAAAUUGAAUUUGUGAUAUUUAGCAGUUUUGCCCCAUACUCUGUUUUUGUAAGUAUUUUCUUUUCAAAUUCAAUAAGAUCUCCAAAAUCCGAUCCUCUUAAAUCAAACCAGUAUUCAUCAUCGGUAAAAGUGAUUAAAACGCUGAAGGUAGAUAGUACAAAAGUAAGAUUUAUUUGAAACUGUGUUUGCCCCUUUGGGUCGGUUGAAUGAUGAUUUUUUUGUUUCAUGUAUUGAUGAAUGUAAUCGUUGAUGUCAGAGUAGGAAUUCAUUUCAUCUGUAAAACUAAUUGUUUCCCAAUUAAGGCCUUUGUUAUGAGUGUAUUUUAUUCUAUUGUUUCCGUAAUCUUUUCUGAUAUUGUACCAAGAAUAAGUCAUUAAUAAUCGGUCAAGAGCAAGUUUGUGUUUCAUUUCAGGGUUAAGCUUUAAGAAGCUUUCUCAGUAAAAACCGCCGACGCAAUCUCGCGUGAAAAAUAAUUUUGCCUGAAUCUCUGGCGAGUGAAAGGCUUUAUCGAGACUAUAGCUAAAAUAGGUUUGCUUUGAUUCACAAUAAUUUUCUGGCCGCGCUGGGGGGCGCAGAGUAUUUUUUCCAUCCACGGCCAUUUUGCACGUCUUGAAAACUGAAAAUUUGACAUUUUUUGCGGCGCUGUAAAAGGUUUGAUUUGCACCAUUUACCAAUGAAUUUUAUACCUAUUAAUGGUAAACAUCUCUAGUUUUUCCUGAAAGUAAUAGCUAUCCGCUAAAUUUAGCUGAAAAGACGAAAUCACGCACAAUAUGACCCCAACUAAUUGUCUUGGAGCAAAAGGCCAAAAAUGACCCUGUUUUAAAAGCUUAUUUCUGACGUUUCGGGACAUAGUUAAAAGCUAUAGACUAAAUAGACGCAAAGAUUGACCAUCUGUUAUUAAUAAUGUACAAAACGUCCUGUACGAUUUCCGUAUUUUAAAAGUUAUGACCGUUUGUAUCAACGCGUAUGCGGGCUAAUACGAUAUUUUCAGAUUUAGCGUAACCGAUCUAUCUCAAGGAGAUUUUGUCAAAAGUACGGCUUACCUAAUUCAUUACGGGCACUGACUCAUAAAUUGAGUCAUAUUCCAAUCCCUGAGAUGCCGGACUCCAUAAAAUUCCACUAAAUUUGCUUUAGAAACUGCUGGUGUGCGCCCAUUUUUGAAUCCCAUGCUAACAAUCCCAAGCUCAGAACAGGUAAAACUGUGUCACGUUUCGAGCUAAAUAGCUCGGUAAAACAACCGUUCAGAGGUGAAAGUUUGCUCGAGAAUAAGAAAAUCAACUAGGCAGGUCUCAUUUUGGAUCAGAAAAUUGAGAUUUCAGAGCUACAACCUCGAAUAAACCUUCUAUUCAACCGGCUCUUCAAGGUCAAAUGCAGGUUGACUUGUAAACCGGAAAUGUUGAAACCCGGAAAUACGGAAAACCGAAAAUGCGGAAAUCCGGAUCAUACGGAAAUCGGCAAAUCUGAAAUCAAUCAGAAGCCGAAGGCAAUUCCAACAAUUAGGGACAGCUGCAUUUGUUUAGGGCUUCUUUUCAACGUUGAGACACGUUGUGUCGCAUAAAAAAAUGAACUUCGCUCGUUAAAUUUUGAGGGUUCUGUGAGUUUCAGAAAAUGGUGAAAAUUUGCUUAUGAAUAAAGUGAUGCUCGUAUCUCUAAUACAAGAGCAGUGAAGAACCUAUGUUUGGUAUAUUUGUCCAUUACUCCACCAGACCUAUCUAUGAUGUUGGUAUGAACUCAUUCUGUUGACCCCCUUCCGUUGCAUUUUUAAUAUUUUACCCGGUUUUCUCUGAACAAAUACUACCAAAAAUAAUCAACUCUGAUCAAACAGGAUUUAUAAAAGAUCGCUAUAUUGGCGAGAACAUAAGGUUGAUUGGUGAUAUAAUAGAUUAUACAAAAACUGAAAACCUAUCAGGAAUAUAUUAUUGUCAUUAGAUUUUAAAAAAGCUUUUGAUACCCUUGAAUGGCCUUGUAAUAUAUAGAUUUAGCCAGGGCUAAAAGCGAAGCUUCCGUUUCUAUACUUAAUAUAUAAAUUUCGCCAGGGCUAAAAGAGAAACUCCCAUUUAUAAAUUUAUAACUUAAAUCAAAGAAUAAACUUGUAAUCCACAGAUCAGUUAACUUAAGGGCACAUUCAUGUGACUUUUGAGGGAAAGGCUAAGUUAUUUUAGAGUGAAACAUCUUACAUCGAGUUGAUAGCCUUAUAUGUACACCCAAACUAAAAUAGCAAAAAUCUUCGAUCACAUUCAAGAGCCAUAAUGGCUCUUGAUCACAGUAGAUAAGGCCUCGAAAACAAAUUCUUGGAAAACAAAUCAGGCCUAAUUUGUUUACGUUGGACAGGUUUACUCCACAAAUUCUUGCCAACAAAUCUGGGGGUGUGUAAACCAUCACAUCUGAGGUGAAACAGUACGUACUAUUUAUCAAACAGACCUUUGUGAAAGAAAGCGGUAUUUCAUAAUUUUUCAAGACAUUUUGCACUCAGUCAAUGUUCAUGUUCGUCAUGAAUCGUGGGCUUUUAGCGAGACCGUUCAAAAAAUUUCCAAAAUCACCCAUACGGCCAGCCGGUUCUCAUUUCUAGUGCGAGCUGUCAGUGUGGUCGAGUGUUUGAACGAACUUUAAUAGAGUUAUGCUUCAACAUAAUAACGAAUUUAUCAUUAUUUUUUUUUGUUAUUUAAUGGUUUCAGUUAUAACGAUGUGUAAUCUUAUAAAGCGUUUGAUACACGCGACAUUUUUAAGUACUCCUGCAAGCGAUGUUCAUGAACGAUGAAAACAAACGCAACGGAAAAAGGAAUUAUAUGUACUCGGUGAUUUCAACUGCAAUUUGUUGCCUGAAGCAAUUACAGUUAAUUCUUCCCAUCUGAUAAACAUUUUCGAUAUAUAUGGUCUUAGUCAGUUGAUCACUGACCCAACACGUGUCACCCAGGACUAAAAAAAAACUGAUUUAUGUAUAACGAACUCCCCAGAGAAGAUUACAAAUUCCGGUGUCAUUCACCUUGGCAUAAGUGAUCAUUCUCUUGAUUUUUUGUCACGUAAGACUCAAUACUGCCGUAUUGGCCCUCGCGUGAUUGAAACACGGCAAUUUAAACACUUUAACAGAGGAAAAUUCUUAAGUGACCUCAAUCAACUACCUUGGGCCAAUGUUGAUUUGUAUUCUGAUCCCAAUGAAAUGUGGCGUGUAUGGAAAGAAAUGUUUCUUGGCUGCGUCGAUAAACACGCACCACUUAAAUCCAAAAGAAUUCGGAAAAAACUAUCUCCAUGGAUUACUAGAGAGUUACUGAGCAAAAUCCGAAAACGAGAUUUCGUUAAAAAGAAGGCAAUGUCCUCCAAUAACCCGGCUAUAUGGGAUCAAUUUAGGUGUGCAAGAAAACAGGCAAAUAACGCAAUUAAACUCGCAAAAAAACUCUAUGUUUCUGACAACCUGGAAGCCAACAAUGGUAAUUUGUGCAAAACAUGGAAUGUUAUCAACGAGCUAACUUCACGUAACAGUGGUAAGUCAAAGAAUAUUUUGGAGAUCAAGGUAGAUGAUAAAAUAGCAAGUAACCCUAUGGACAUUGCGGAAACUAUUAACGAUCACUUUACAAACGUUGCGCAAGUAUUAGCACAAGAUAUUCCUGUUGUCGAUGUUCAUUCUGAGUCUUAUUUAAAGCCCACUGAUCAUUCGUUUUCUCUGCAAAUUCCGAGUGUUGAUAUUGUUUCUAACGUUUUUUCGAAAAUUGAUGAAAAGAAAGCCACCAGUCUUGAUAUGAUUCCGAGUAAAUUGUUGAAAAUGGCUGCUAAUAUCGUCGCACCCUCUCUUACCUCAAUAUUCUCAAAGUCUAUUCUCACUGGGAUAUAUCCAAACGAUUGGAAAACAGCCAAAGUGACUCCACUUUUUAAAAAGGGCAUUAAAUCGGACCCUAACAACUACAGGCCAAUAUCUGUAAUCCCUAUAAUUUCGAAAGUUUUUGAAAGAAUUGUUUAUAAUCAACUUUUCCAUUAUCUAGUUAAGCAACAGACCACACUUUCUAUGGGUUUACCGGCGUGAUAACCCACGCGGGAUGUUGGGAGAACACGAGAAAAGCUUGUAAAUCACGAGCCGAAGGCGAGUGAUUUACAAGCUUUUCUUAUAAAAUAACUUUUAGUAGAAUGGAGUCUUUUAGGUAAGAAAAUAUGCUUUUUAUAGUACCGUGAUCAAGUCAUGUCUUCUCUCCAAAAUCAUCAUAAGCCAAUCAUGACUCACGAUUUAAUAGCGCUGAACUUUCUCAAAACUCAGUUCAGUCAAACAACAAACAACAGCACUUCAAAACACAAGUUUUUCCGCUCAUUACAUGAUAACUUAUGAAGGCUGUUUUACAGAAAAAGUCAACACAUAUUUAUCCGAACGUACAAUGAAAGAAGACGUUCAUGGUUUGUUUACUACAGAAGUAGAAAUUAAUUGAACAUCAGACUGUACGCAGCUGUAUUUUGUUGAGUCGAUCCGUAAAAUUUCGUGCUUACAGACGGAACUGGCAGCUAUUGUAAUGGAGGACUUCAUUCACUUUUUACAAGCCGCAGUGGUUUAAGAUCUGUUUUCUGGACUUUAUUAUGGUCAAGAAAUGCUGCGGUAACGACGUGGCUGCAUUUGCGAAGUUGUCGCAUGUAACUUUAUAUGCACGUACAGGGACCGAUGGAAAUAUGUCAGUGGUGAAGAAAGGUUUCUUUGCCGUAGCCACAUAUUGGCGCUAAUAUUUGUCGAUUUGUGAAGUCAGGUGGUUUGAGGUAGGUUAUGGCAUCGACAUCACCGAAUAAUUUGUGCAAAUGUUGGAAAAAAACCACCCCGAAACUCUGACAUCUUUCAUUAUCGUUGGCAGCUUGUUUACAACCUACAUCGGCGGAUUUUGUACCAUAUCUUGAUCAGAGAUCUCUUUUUGGAACAAUUUCUUUCAUUAAGAAAUUUAAUUUUGACAUAAAAUAAAUCAAGAAUGCUAAAACUAUCCGUUUUGUUGCUGGUUGGCACAUGGUUAAGUUUUCUAGAGACUUUCUACACCAGAAAUUCACACAGUUGUUGUCUUUCUCUGCGAUUUGGCAUCGUCGUGAAAUGUAAACUGCUUUCCAGCUUUGUAUUUUAUAACCUCUAAAACUAUGGCAGUCGCAAAUUGUGACCCUCGGUAAUAAAAAUUGCUUUUAAUAUUAAGAAGGGCUACGGUAAGUAACUUGUUCUGUUUUUUAGCCUUUCUAAAAUCGUUGUUUGCAGAUCAAUAGCGGGUUUUGUUUAUGGCUCGUUGUCCGGAUGCCAUUUUCUGUGGGUUUACCGGUAUAAUAAACCAUAGGUUUUUGACCAAUCAGAUCACGCGUACUAUCUCAGUUAUUUUAUAAAUGAUAAUAAAUUGCCACUAGGUUGCCAAUCAGGGUUCCGUUCUCUACAUAGUACGCUCACGGCUUUGCUUAAGGCAACAAAUGCUUGGUCAGUAAACAUCGACAAUGGUCUUCUAAAUGGGGUUGUCUUUAUUGACCUUACUAAGGCAUUCGACACCAUUGAUCAUGAGAUCAUCUUGCGUAAGAUGUCAUACUUGGGUGUCGUCGAUCAGCAGCUAUAAAAUGGUUCUCGUCGUACUUAAGUUGCCGAACCCAAAGAUGUAAUGUCAGUGGCAAACUAUCAUCUGCUCGUACCCUCAGUUGCGGCGUGCCGCAGGGUAGCAUACUGGGUCCUUUGCUAUUUUUAAUUUACAUUAAUGAUCUUCCCAACUCCCUGCGGGGCGCCGUACCAAGAAUGUUUGCCGAUGACACCAACCUUACGUUAUCUGCUAAGACGUUAACAGAGCUUAAGCUAGCUCUAACCCCUGAAUUAAAUAACUUUAGCUGUUGGCUGAAAGCUAUCAAGCUCAGUCUAAAUGUUGCUAAAACAGAGCUAAUGAUUAUUGGAUCAAGACUAAGACUAUCUGCCCAAUGUGACGAUGUAGAAAUCAGAAUUGAUGACCAAAUUAUCAAGAGAGUCGAUCAUACCAAAUCCUUGGGUCUUACCAUAGAUGCUCAACUCUCUUGGGAUAAACACGUUGAAGAGAUUUGCAAGAAAGUCUCUUCAGCUAUAGGCGCCCUAAAACGUGUGCGGCCCUUUAUAUCCAAAGAAACUGCAAUUCAAAUUUAUAACGCUUUAAUUAUGCCUCAUUUUGAUUACUGCAGCCCCGUCUGGGACUGUUUGAGUGGUUACUUGGGUGAUAAGCUCCAAAAAUUACAGAAUCGUGCAGCCAGAGUUAUUACUAAAUCACCCUUUGAAACGAGCUCAAACCACCUUCUCUCCACCCUCAGCUGGGAGAGGCUAUCUCUUCGACGAAAGAAACAAAAAGCCUUAAUGAUGUAUAAAACCAUGAAUGACCUUGCUCCAGAAUAUCUACAAAGUCUUUUCUCUCAGCGUCACUCUGCUUGUAACUUAAGAAACUCUGAGGGAAGGCUGACCCUGUCCAAACCAAGCACCAAUUAUUUGAAACGAAGCUUCUCUUACAGUGGGGCCAUGUUAUGGAAUAACUUGCCCAAAAACUUAAAAAAUGCUGCAUCCGUUGAGCAUUUUAAGCGAAAUAUCAAGAAGGUAGCUGAUAUAUCGGAUUCCCACACGGCAAUCAUGUAAAGCAGUUGCAAUUAGUUUUAGUCUUUAACUUAAGCUUAACUGAUGAUUCCCGUGUUUAAAUAACGAUUUACAUACAUACAUACAUACAUACGGACGAGCGAUUAAAAUUGCAAGAGAGACCACUAACAAUCAAUAAAAGAAAUAUAAUUCGGUGAAACAUUUACAGAGACAACAACUUUAAUUCACGAAGACACGUAAAGAGACAAGUAGAGACAAGUGUCUCUAAAAAUCCUGAGUCUUUACACUUAAAAGUUAAUUAUGUUUUACUUUCAGCCGGCCUCCCGGUGUUUGCUUUUUUCAAAGAUAAACCCCUCGAAGCAAGAAAAUCGCUCAAAGUUUUCUUUCCACAGCCAAAUUUAUAGCUUAAUAUUCUUCGGAACGUUUCCUUUCUAUUUGCGGUGAGAAAAUAUAUCUGAAGGCCUUUUUAAGUUCUGUAAGCUUAUAUCAAACCUGAUACUGGGUCAGAUCAUUGAUUCAAAUCUUACAAACGUGGAUAAACUUGCCGCAUAAACUGUGCUCGACUUCAUGAAAUUAGAUAUAACAAAAACAAACAUCAAUAAGUACUCAGGCUUACCAUUCGAGAUUCCGUUCCUGAAAGAUAUCAAGGAAGGCCACAGUUGCUGGAGACUUUUAAACCCUCUUACGCAUGAGUAAGGUGAAAAACGAAAACGAUGUCAUCCGAAAUCGGAUUACCGAAUUUUGACAAGUGACGCAUUCCUCAACCAAAAACCCAAUAAACAAACCAGCCAUGAAUAACAGUUAAAAUGAUAGUUGAAUACAUUACAAGUUGACACAAAACUCUGUCAGCCUCAGCCCUCAAAGUAAACAACUUUCAAGAUGCUGCAUAAAUUUUCCGUAUGAACUCACCUGCCAAUUUUUGACCAAUCAGAGUAUAAAAAUUGGACGUAGAGCGUGACCAACACGUGACCAUGGUAAGAAAGGUCUUCCCCGCAACUUCCCCGCCUGUAUUUUUAAAAACUGGCUGAAUUUUCGCGUCCGAGGUCAGUUUGAAUUCAAAAUGUUAACGGGGCCAUAGUGACAUUAAAACAACAUAUUUCAUAUGAAUCAUUGGAAAAAAUAAACUAGAACCUGCGGUCAUUUGAAACUGGUAAUUUGUCAGCGGAUAUGUUCAAAAAAUAAUCGACCUCGAUGGGUCGACACUUGAGCCCGCGGUGCGGUCAGGUGAUACUGGUCAGCGGAUACCCUGUUUUGACAGCUGUCAAUUGAUCACAUCAUUGAUGUGCAAUUAGUUUUCUCUUGGGCUCCCAAACUAGCUAGAAAGUGUGAGAGUCAACAUUGGUUCCCCUGCGGUGCGCACGGACGGUUUUUCUCGGAUGGGUAGAUUACCACAUUUCCUUAGCUGUGGAGCUCCGCUCUGAUAAAAAACAACCAAAUGAAAGUAAUAACAUGAACUCUAAGCCAAAGAAAAGAAAUAUUCACAUCGGUAAGAGCCUUCGGCAUCAGAAACUUUUAGAGGGAGGGGCAAAAUUAAUUGAAAAUAUCCCGCAAACAAACCGGAAUUGAAAAAAUUGUUAAAUUGUAGCUCUCUUAAGUAGCAGCAAUUUGCAGGUCACGAUUUCUAGGGUCGGUGUUUCUGUGUUUAAGGGAAGACCUAAAAGAAAAAUCAGGACGACUUGGCAACUUUUGUCUUCCCGUAAGCCCAUUACAUUUUCUUUUCUUUUCUCUUUUUUAAACGGGCCCGGAUGAACAGUUUUGUGUAGCCUUUACAAUUAUACCUCACAAUAUCUGAAAGAAAAUUUUACUGUAAGGUGUAUAAUAUUUUCUCUGAGGACAGACAUAGGAAAGCAAACGAUAGCCUUUUUUCGCUGCUAAUAACAAUAAUCCAAUCUUUAACUACAACUAUAAACGUUAGUACAGCAACUUACAACUUUUUUUUUUUUUUUAAAUAAAGACAAACUCGGGCUCCAAAAGCCGGCGAGUCUGUCCGUUUCAGAAUAGAGGAGAACUCUUUCAUUUUUUAGAUAUGCUCAUUUUUUCAAUGAGAAUAUAAAGCCGUAAACAAACAACUGAAAACAAAACGCAAACGCAAAAUUCAAACGUUAUUCAGCUGUAUUCAGGGCACAAGUUAUGGAAAAAGAGCUGCACAGUGCUAAACUGCAGAAAUCCUUGAAUUCUACUCACUGCAAAAUUCUUGAAUGGCAAGUAAUGAAUGAGAAAAUGAAUAGCAGUUCAAUUCGGAACAUGUAAAAAAACAACACUUCAGUUUUAAUUCAAGAAAGGGCGCGUCUGAAUGUUUCUAAAAAUGUCACGAUCUGUAGUCUCAUGGUCGUUUUUGAGCUAAUGUUUUAAAUGAGCUACAAACAGAUCAAAAAAUUAAUUUCUUUAAACUUUUUAUUCAAAAACCUAUAUGCUAAUCAUAAAAAGCAAUUCGCGUAAGACAAGUUAAAUCGUUGCGUUCAAGCAAGUUAAAUCGGUCGAGCACAUUGUAAAAAAACAGUCUCAAAUGCACAUUUUGUGCUUUUUCUUUCACUCCGAUGUCAAAAUGUAGAAAACGUCCAUGAAACCUUUAUAAAUACAAAAAUUCCUUUUUACAAACGAACUUUUCUUUAAUCAUAGAGUACGGAAUGUACCUCAAGUGUUUUCAGAAACCUCGCUGCCUUGGUUGGUUCAAAACAAGCCAAGCGCUCCUAUCCGCCGUGUAGAAAACAAGGUUGAAUUCAUCGAACGACAAUUUCAUAGCGAAAAGCUUUCCUUUGUCCACAAACAGGACACUGAGCAUUCCUUUGAACUUUCUCUUUUCAUUUGUGUCUUUUAUCGGCGUAUUUUCAAUCUCUUAAUGCAAAACUUUAGUCUUGAAACCCACCACAUCAUGAUCGCGCGCUAGCCAUUUUGUUGAUGGAUGACAUUUACAAAGGUGUCAAAUCCGUUUCUUCCCUCACCCCCUAAAUGGCUGACAUGACCAUUGGACGUUUGUGAGGGAGUGGGAUAUGGGUGAUUUUUGUCCUGGAAGAAUUUUUCCCCAAACCUCUCUGGAGCUAGAAAUUUUUUUUUCCAUGACAUAUAACGGUGUAAGAUUUUUUCCAGCAUUGUACGUCAUGAGCGGUAUUUUUUUCAGUGUGGGAUAUUUUUCUCCCAAGAAUUUAUUUGCAUGCUUUUUUCCUCUCGAAAUCCGUCUGCAUGACAUUUUUCUCUGAAAUCACCCAUAACCUCCUCAAAAGUCAAAUGGUCGGCCCCUAAAAUCCACCAAACAUUUGGUCAGUUGACAGAUUCUGAUUUGUCAAUCAUUUCUAGAGGCUUUUGAAACAAUAGGGAGAAACCUCUCUAGGGGAGAGGGGAGGAAUUCGUUGCUACUUACCCCUACCCGGAAAGUCCGCACGGACGGACGUACCCUGACGUCAUAACCAAAUUUUCUCGGAUAGAUAGCUUACCAAAUUUUAUUACCCAAGGUGCUCCUCUGUGCGCGCUUCGCACGAGGAGGCUCCGCUAUUGAAUAUUGUGUUAGAUAGUUUGGAUUUUGGAGAGAGUGUUAAAAGAUGGAUAAGCGUUUUUUAAGCAGGUAUUGAAACAACAGUUUUAAAUAUGGAUUUGCAACAAAAUGGCUUAAGUCCUCGAGAGGAGUAAGACAGGGGGUGUCCACUCCCCCCCUAUAUCUCUUUGUUCUCAGUGCCGAAAUUUUAGCAGCUAAAAUUCGUCAAAACAAUCUUAUUAAAGGAAUCAAUUUAUUUGUUAAUUUGAGAUUUUACAUUUAUUCCUGUAAACUUCAAAAGAAAGCAUUGACUCUUUCAGACUUUGCCAAACAAAUAGAAUUUAAAUACCAGUUCGAAAAGUUGUGAUUGAUUAACUGUAUGUAGUUUUAUAGUCAAGGUCAAUUGUAAGUUACAUUCGUCUCGUCCCUUUUUUUUGUUUGCUUUUUCAACUUUUGUCAAUUCCUUAGUACUUAAUUAUGUGCCUCUUUGUAACUUUAACAGUGCGAUUUAAGUAAAACAAUUAUUUUAAAAAAACAAAAUCAUAAAAAAGAAAGAAUCUCCGGGGUCAGAUGAAAAACUAGUCGUUUUGCCCCUACAUAUAAGCUGAUAUAAUGUAACACAGUUAUCAAAAUAUUAAUGAACACUUUCCCAGGGAAGGGCAGUAGUUUAAAGUUAUAUGCGCGAACCAAAUUAAGGUUAAUUGACGGCUGUCAAAAUAAGACAUGUGCUGACUACUAUCAGAAAACUAAUCACGUGGGUUCAGGUACACGAUCUGGCAUUUCGCCACUACAAGCCGGACUGAAAUGUCUUACUCACACUCACAGUCGACAGUCCGUAUUCUACAAAUAUUCGCCAUCCCGAGGUUAAUUGACAGAUGUCAAACUAGAGCAUCCGCUGGCCGUCAUCACCUGACCGUGUCACGGGCUCAUUUUUCUACCCGUUGAGAUCGCGUAUUUUUUUAAGUUUUCCAGUAGAUUUUAUUUUAAUUACGUGACCGUACAUCGACCGCCUGACCGUCCGCUCCACAGGCAUACCAAUGUUUAAUUUUACACUUUCUAGCUAGUUUGAGAGCCUGCAGCUUGAUAUUGUACAUCCAUGUGACCAUCCAUGUUGUGAUCAGUUGACAGCUGUCAAAAAAGUGUAUCCUCUAACCAUUUUCGCCUGACCGUAUCACGGGCUCAGGUAUCGACCCACUGAGUUCGAUUCCUUUUUUGAAUUUAUUCGGUAACAAAUUACUACCUGUCAAAUGAUCACAGGCUCAAGUUCAUUUUUUUUUAAAUGCAUGUGAAAUAAGUUAUGUUCAUGAGCUGUACCAUUAAGAUUUUGGUUUGAAACUGACCUCGGACGCCAAAAUUCAGCCGGCUUUUACACGCAGUCGCUUUUGACUUUCCUCGCCAUGGUCACGUGUUGGUCACGCUCUUCGUCUAAUUUUUAUGCUCUGAUUGGUCAAAAUUUGACAGGUGAGUUUAUGCGGAAAAUGUAUGCAGCAUCUGGAACUUGUUUUCUGAUAGCUGAAGCUGACAGAGUUUUGUAUCGCCAACUUUUCAUGUUUUUAACUGUCCUUUUCCACUGGAAUUACAAGUGAAGACAGCUACUAUCAAGAUUUUUUUGUAAUUCGUGGCUGGUUUGUUUAUUGGAAAAAUGUUUGAGAAAUGCGCCGCUUGUCAAAAUCAUCGGAAAUCCAAUUUCGUAUGGCAUUGUUUUCGUUUUUCACCUUGCUUGAUGCGUAAGAGGGCUUAAAAGGCUCAAGUGAUUCUGGCCUUACUUGAUGGCCUUCAGGAGCUGCAUCUCGACUGAUAAGCCUGAGUAAUUAUUGUAUUUGAUGUGGUUUUUCUCGAUCAGGUUUCCUAAAGUCGAGCGUAGUUUAUGUGGCUAGUAUAUGGACGAGACAAUGAUCUGACUUUCAAUAGUAUCAGGUUUGAUAUAAGCUUACAGAACUUUAAAAAGCCUUUAGACAUUUUCUGACCGCAAUUCAAUACAAAAAAAUUGGCUUUAAAAAGAAAGCUCUGAGCGAUUUUCUUGCCUCCAGUUCAUCUUGGAAAAUGGCAAACAUCGGGAAGCCGACUUAAAACAUAAAUCUACCAGGUUUUUUAUAAAGUUUAUAAGCUUAUGCUUACCUUACUCAUGAUUUUCAGAGACACUUUAACCUCAACACCUUUCUUCGUGAAUGAAAAUUGUUGUCUCUGUACACGUUUAACCGAAUUAUUUUAUUUUAUUGAUUGUUAGUAGUCUUUUUCGCAAUUUAAAUCGCUGCGCCGCUUGUUUUCAGUCGUACAUAAACAUCGCAUGCAGGAAUACUCAAAAUGACGCGCGUAAAUAUCAGACGCUUUUAAAGAUUACACAUAACAAAACCAUAAGUGAAGAGAAAUAAAACCGAAACAUCAUAAAUUCUCUAUCAUGUUGAACGCGUAACUCUGUUAAGGUCCAUUUACUUACAAGACAGCCGGGACUGGAAACUUGAUGCUUGUCAAAAGUGAGAACACGUCCGGCUGGCCGUAUACAGGUGAUUUUAGGAUUUGUUUAUCGUUUUCACUACAAGACCAUAGUUGUUACCCUACAUAUGAUAUAGGAGCAUAUUUUUCUAACUGAACAAUCGCCGCAUUAUGCUGAAUUCUCUUCAUGAAAACGUUUUAAAGCGCGCAGCGGAGCACCAUGGGUAAUAAAAAAAUUUGGUUGUCAAGUCACCGUACGUCCGUCCGUACGUCAGUACGGACUCUCCAGGUAGGGGUAAGUAGAAACGAAUUCCUCCCCUCUCCCCGAGAGUUUUGUCCCCUAUUGUUUCAAAAGACCUUUAGAAAUGAUUGACAAAACAGAAUCUGUCAACUGACCAAAUGUUUGGUGGAUUUUAGGGGCCGACUAUUUGACUUUUGAGGGGUUAUGGGUGAUUUCAGAAAAAAUGUCCUGCAGGCUGAUUUCGAGAGGAAAAAAGCGUGCAAAUGAAUUCCUGGGAAAAAAAUUAUCCUGCACUGAAAAUCGCUCAUGACGUAUAAUGCUGAAAAAAAUCUUAUACCUUUAUAUGUCGGGGAAGAAAUUUCUAACUCCAGAGAGGUUUGGGAAAAAACUCUUCCCCAAUACAAACUAAAUCAGUAUAAUAACCCAUACCCCACUCCCCCACAAACGUCCAAUGGUCAUGUCAACCAUUUAGAGGGUGAGGAAAGAAACGGAUUUGACACCUUAGUAAAUGUCAUCCAUCAACAAAAUGGCUGGCGCGCGUUCGUCAUGUGGUGGUUUACAAGACUAAAGUUUUGCAUUUUAAGACUGAAAGUACGCCGAUAAAAGAUACAAAUGGAAAGAGAAAGUUCAAAAGAAUGCUCAGAGUCCUUUUUGUGGACAAACGAAAGCUUUUCGCUAUGAAAUUGCCUUUCGAUGAAUUCAACCUUGUUUUCUACACGGCGGAUAGGAGCGCUUGGCUUGUUUUCAAACAACCAAGGCAAAGAAAAGUGCGUUUUCAAAAGGGAAUUUUUGUAUUUUUAAAGGUUUCAUUGACGUUUUCUACAUUUUGACAACGGCGUGAUAGAAAAACCACAAAAUGUGCAUUUGGAAUUGAUCUUUUGCCAUAUACUCUACCGAUUUAACCUCCAUGAACGCAUGAACCUCCAUGAUUCUUGUCUUACGCGAAUUGCUUUUCAGGGUUAACUUAUGGGUUUUUUAAUAAUUAUUUUCAAGAAAUUAAGUUAUUUAUCUGUCAUUGUUCAUUUAUAACAUUAGCUCAAAAAAUGACCAUGAGACUACAGAUCGUGAGAUUUUUAGAAACAUUCAGACGGGCCCUUUCUUGAAUUAAAACUGAAGUGUUGUUUUUGUACAUGUUCCUCAUUGAAUUGCUAAUAUUUAUUUUCUCAUUCAUUACUUGUAUGUAUAAUUCAAGAAUUUCUGCCGUUUUGCAGUGUGCAGAGCUGUGCAGUGUGUCGUUCUUUUUCCAUAACUUGUGCCCUCAAUACUGCUGAAUACCGCUUGAAUUAAUUUUACUGCGUGUCUGUUCAGUUAUUUGUUUAUGGCUUUAUAUUCUCAGUGAAAAGGCGAGAGUUCUCCUCUAUACUAAAACAGACAGGCUCGUCGGCUUUUCGAGCCCGAGUUUGUCGUUUUUUUUUUGUAAAAAAAGGUGUAAGUUGCUGUAUUAACGUUUAUAUUUGUAGUGAAAGAUUGGAUUAUAGUUGAACGUUAUCGUUUACUUCCCUAUGUCUGUCCUCAGAGAAAAUAUUAUACACCUUACGGUAAAAUUUUCUUUCAGAUAUUGUGAGGCAUAAAUGUAAAGGCUACACAUAACCGUUCGUACGGGCCCGUUUAAAAAAAAAAGAAAAGAAAAUAUAAUGGGCUUUCUGGAAGACGAAAAGCUUAAGUCGGCCUGAUUUUCCCUUUAGGUCUUCCCUUGAACACGGAAACACCGACCUUAGAAAUAUCGUAACCUGUAAAUCGUUGCUACUCAAGAGACCUACAAUUUAACAAUUGUUUCAAUUCAGGUUUUUUUAAGGGAUAUUUUGUCUUAAUCAUCGGCUCCUCCCUCUAAAGGUGUCUGGUGCCCAUGGCUCUUAGGGAUGUGAACAUUUCUUUUUUUUUGGCUUAGAGUUCUUGUUAUUACUUUAAUUUGAUUGCUUUUAUCAUAAGUUUAGAAACGGAGACUUCGCUUUUAGGCCUGGCUAAAUCAAUAUAUUAUGGAGCUUAAAGGAAGAGCUGUCAAGCGUAAGGCCCAAAACCGUGGUCAUGUCUAAGUAAUUUCCUGGUUGGAGGAUCUGGCACGACUAAAGCCAAGAAAAACAGAAAAAGCAGACUUGAUAAAACGUGAUUAAUCGCAAAAGUUAUUUUCCGAAAAGGUACAAAAAAAAAGUGUCCCCAGUGAAACGCAUUAAUAAAGGCUGCUUUCUUUUUCAUUUGUUUUAAUUUUUGUCCAAACAAAAUAGUUUCCAAAACACAUCCUUAGUCAUAUAGUCACUAAGAACUGUAUUCCAUGACAGAGUUGACCAGAGUCCUGGCAGAGUGCCAGCGUUACAUGAAUGCGAGCGUUGAAUUCUAUUGUGAGCCCUCCUUAAUACCAGACUUCUUUGUGGAGAAAUAG